AUGCUCACAGUUUUGGAACUUUCUCACAACCACUUCUCUAGAACUUUGAAUCCCAAAAGUAGCCUCUUUGAGUUGCACCUGCUCCGUUACCUAAAUCUAGGUUUCAAUAACUUCAGCUCCUCGCUCCCUUCCGAAUUUGGAAAUCUAAAAAAAUUAGAGGUUUUAUAUCUUUCCUAUAAUGGCUUCUUCGGUCCAGUUCCUCAAACAUUUGGUAACCUUACCCAGUUAACCGGGUUAUUACUUUCCGAUAACCAAUUCACUGGUAGUUUACCACUUUUACAAAAUCAAACCAAGCUCUCCGUUGUAGGACUUAACAACAAUCACUUCUCUGGAACCAUUCCUUCUUUCAUCUUCACUAUACCGUUCUUAUCAUAUCUUAAUCUCCGUGAAAACAAUCUCAACGGUUCUUUUGAAGUUGAUAAUUCCUCUACCUCAUCUAGUCUCGAGGUCAUGGAGCUCGGGCUUAACCAUUUUGAAGGAAAAAUAGUAGAGCCAAUCUCAAAGCUCAUCAACCUCAAGCAACUCGGCCUUUCUUCGCUAAACACAAGCUACCCAAUUGACUUAAACCUGUUCUCCUCCUUCAAAUCUUUGUUCUCCCUCGAUCUUUCCGGUAACAGAAUAUCUCCGGCCAGUUUAAGUUCAGAUUCACACAUCCCUUUGACAUUGGAAGUGUUGUUCUUGGAGCAGUGUGGCAUCAAAGAGUUCCCCAACAUCUUAAAGAUGCUUCGGAAUUUGGAGUUUAUAAAUUUAUCCGGCAAUGGAAUCAAUGGGAAAAUUCCUGAGUGGUUAUGGAGUCUUCCUCGUCUGAACACAGUGUUUAUUUCGUAUAAUUCGCUGGAUGGUUUCCAAGGUUCAACAAGAGUUCUGGUAAACUCAUCGGUGCAGAUCUUAGUUUUGGAGGCAAACCGUUUUAAAGGAGAACUUCCUCAUCUUCCACUCUCUAUCAACUUCUUUGCUGCACGGAAUAAUAGUUUCAGUGGGGACAUACCUCUUUCAAUCUGCAACAGAAGGUCGCUUUCUCACCUUAUCUUAAGCUACAACAACUUCACAGGUCCAAUUCCACAAUGUCUAAGUAAAAUGACGAUUGUGAAUCUCCGGAAAAACAACUUGGAAGGAAGUAUUCCAGACGAGUUCGAUGCCAAUUCCUCUCUACGGACACUCUACGUUGCCUAUAAUCGACUAACCGGGAAACUUCCAAGGUCUCUCCUAAACUGUUCAUCUCUACAGUUUCUAAGCGUCGAUAACAACAGAAUCGAAGACACGUUUCCAUUCUGGCUCAAGGCUUUACCGAAUUUGCAAGUCCUUACCCUGCGUUCAAAUGAAUUCUAUGGUCCCAUAACUCCUCCUGAUCAAGGUCCUCUCGGAUUUCCAGAGCUGCGUAUAUUUGAGAUAUCUAAUAAUAAGUUUAGUGGGAGCUUGCCACCAAGUUACUUUGUGAAUUGGAAAGCAUCGUCACUCACAAUGAAUGAAGAUGGAGGUUUAUACAUGGCAUUCCAAAAGUCUCUUUACAAUUCGGCUGGAUACACAUAUAUAGAUACUAUAGAUUUGCAAUACAAAGGUCUACACAUGGAGCAAGCAAACGUCCUUACUUCCUACGCCACCCUCGAUUUUUCUGGGAAUAAACUUGAAGGACAGAUUCCUGAAUCUAUCGGUCUUUUGAAGGCACUGAUCGCACUCAACCUGUCGAACAACGCCUUCACGGGCCAUAUUCCUCUGUCCUUCGCCAAUUUGAGCAAGCUCGAGUCACUAGACCUAUCAAGCAACCAACUCUCUGGCACUAUUCCUAAUGGACUCGCGAGCCUCUCGUUUUUGGCGUACAUUAACGUGUCUCACAACCAACUCAAAGGGGAAAUACCACAAGGAACACAGAUUACUGGACAAUCUAAAUCGUCAUUUGAAGGGAAUGCAGGGCUUUGUGGUCUUCCUCUCCAAGAAACUUGCUUUGGGAGUAAUGCGCCACCAACACAACGGCCUAAGGAAGAAGAUGAAGAAGAAGGAGAAGAACAAGUGUUGAGCUGGAAAGGAGUGUCAAUAGGGUAUGGGCUUGGAGUGUUGUUCGGAUUGGCAAUUGCACAUGUCAUUGCUUCAUACAAACCGGAGUGGCUCGUCAAUAUAGCUUGUCUGAAUAAGCGCAGAAACCGUUAG